UUGCAUCUACAGUCAGUCCGUUUGAACAGUUCACACGAUUCGAAGCGAUAGGAUAAAAAUCUCUCCAAGUGACUUUUGAUCAUUCCGAUAGUUGAAUUUUGCGCUCUCUUGAAAGCUCACGCAAAUCGUUGCACCUCCUACUCAGCGCCGUCGAGAUAAGCUCUGGAUUUUUUAAAGGUUUAGUUUUAAUUUAUCUGAAGAUGGCCUCAUCAAUAUCCCCCCAAAAGCCUUUAUCAAUAUCCGACUGGUUCGCGAAUAAAAAUGUUCUUAUCACCGGAGGUACUGGAUUUAUGGGCAAGAUCCUAAUUUUCAAACUACUUCUGACGUGCCCCGCCAUCGGCGAUAUCUUUUUAGUGAUCAGAAAGAAAAAAGGCGUCGAUUCGCAAACGAGGUUGCAUCUCAUACUGCAGCAAGAGCCAUUUAGAAUUCUCAGAGAACAACACCCAGAACGACUGAAGAAGCUAAUAGUGAUAAUCGGUGAUACAACCGUGGAGGGACUCUCACUGUCUGCCGCGGACAACGAACGCGUCACGAGCCGAGUUUCUGUCGUUUUUCACAUGGCAGCUAAUGUCAGAUUCGACCUGUCACUGAAAACCGCUGUCAAAACAAACACUAUAAGCACUGUUAAUGUAGUCACACUAGCGAAACAGAUGCCUCUGUUGGAAUCAUUUAUUCACAUUUCAACAUCUUUUUGCCAAUGCGGAGAAUCGAUAUUGGAAGAACGUGCUUAUCGAACUAGGAUCUCGCCAGAAAAUGUUAUUUAUAUGGUCAAUACAAUGUCGGAACAAGAAUUGGAGUUAAUGAAACCACAAUUGUUGGGCGAUCAACCGAACACAUACGCCUACAGUAAGGCACUCAGUGAAGACUUUGUGUCGAGAUGUGGCCUACCUGUAGGCAUCAUUCGUCCGUCGAUAGUGACAGCAUCUUGGAAAGAACCGGUACCUGGCUGGGUGGACAACAUAAAUGGCCCGACUGGAUUAAUGAUCGGUGCCGGAAAGGGAGUCAUACGAUCCAUGCUCUGCAAUGUCAAUUACUUGGCCGAUUUAGUACCAUGCGAUAUGGCUGUAAACGCAACGAUUGCUCUGUCAUGGCAAGUCGGAUCGGAGAAGUCUGCCAAACCGUUGUUCUUAAACGCCACGGCAAAUCACGAGAAUCAGAUUAGCUGGGGCGAUAGUUUAGAAAUUGGAAAGAAACACGCGUUUGCAAAUCCCUUCUCACAACCACUUUGGUAUCCUGGUGGAAGAAUGACUUCUUCAAAGAUUCUACAUUGGCUUGCCGUCAUAUUUACGCAUAUCAUACCCGCUUAUCUAUUAGAUACUCUACUUAUUCUCACCAAGAAUAAGCCUUUCCUGGUGAAAGUGCAAAGUAGAGUAAACACCGGAUUAAAAUUGCUUCAAUAUUAUACCAUGAAGCAAUGGGUCUUUCGCAACGACAAUCUGUUCGACUUACAACAUCGACUGUGCCCGUCGGAUAGAAAAACAUUCUUCAUGGACACGAAGCUUGUCUGUUGGAAUGAUUAUAUGUUGGCGUAUAUUUUAGGUAUACGACAAUACUAUUUAAAAGACGAUCCUUCAACGCUGCCUCGCGCGAGGAAGGUCUUCAUGUAUCUAUACUUCGCUGAUUGUUUGCUCAAAAUAAUGCUUGGCAUUUUUGUUGUCUAUUGUAUCUAUUACAUGAUAAGUGCCCUUGUGUAGAAAUUUUUACAAAUUUUUACGUAAUAUAUACGACUUUUUUAUGAUUGUAUCGAACUGUAAUUGAAUAUGAUUAUACAGAAAGAAAUUAAUUUUUGGAUCUUUAAUCUUUAUUGCAAAAUGUUGCUAAAUAUUUCAUAUAAAUUAACAGAA